AUGAAUAAAGCUCAUCUGAGGUGGCGUUUAGGUAGGAUAGAUAGCCAGCAGUUACACGAUGUAGUACUCCAAAACGAGCUUGACAAGCUCAGAGAGGCCAAAGCGGUGGUGUACAGCUAUCGAAAAUCGUCAAUAACUGUCGGUGUGACGUCAGUGGCCUUGGAUCCUUCUGGUCACUUUCUGCUGGCUAGUGGCGAAGAUGGAAGUGUAGGAUUGUGGGCAUUGGAUGAGGUUUAUAACAAUGAGAAAGUUGUCGACAAGCGAAUUCAGUUCGCGCGUGGAGAGUCAAAGGACUCAACUACCGAGACACAUACUCGCAAUUCUGGAACACAUAUCGUAGCAAGAAGGCCCGUAAAUGUGUCUGGAAAUUACAGAGGCUCCAGCAAAUUUUUUGCUUCUGUAGAGUCCAGUGAAAGUAGCGUACCCUCGAGUCCACAUGAGAUGUAUCAUGCAUUUUCCAUCUCAACAGUUCAAUGGUAUGGCUCGGACAACGGCCUCUUUUUCACAGGCAGCAACGAUCGGAAAGUGAAGAUUUGGGACACCAACACCUUCCAAGUGGCCAGCUCUCUCGACAUGGCACAUCGCGUUUCACAGCUGGAUACAAACGGCGACCUUAUCGCUGUCGCGACCGAGGACUCGCAUCCUCGUCUGAUUGACCUCAGAUCGAUGAGUGCGACAAUCAGUCUCGGCACAAAGCACACAGAUAUGAGAUAUGGUAUUAAUUCGGCCAAGUUUUCUCGUGAAGAAAACUCGAACGCAAAAUUGCUGGCUACUGGCGACAACGACGGGAACGUGCGAAUCUGGGACUUGCGAAAGGGCAACAGUGCGCUUUGCGAUCUCACCGAGCCGGACACCAUGUCAAAAGCGCAUGCUCGUUGCUGCAACGACAUUUGCUGGAAUCCGUCUGGCGGCCACGAGCUUGUCACAACGGGGAAUGAUGGUAAGUACAAGAUGUGGGCUUUGAACAGGGGAGACCAGUGCCGUGUAGUUCGCCAACUUGGUGCCACAGACCUAAUGGCUAACCGUUUUCGUCGUCGCACUGCACACUACCUAAUGUGGGAAGGACCCUAUGUGUUUUGCAAUUCUGAUCAUGGCGAGGUGGUGGUUUAUGAGGCCAACACGGGCCGUCAAUGGCAUGCUUUCCAGUACCCAUUGGGCGUAGGCCGAAACCGACUGACAACGCCUCGAUUCCAGAGCAUUGCUUUACAAACUGGCCUGGCAAACUCAAUUGGUGUUCGACUGAUACUAGGGACCGACCAUACACACGGCAAGAUUCUGGAGUAUCGAGUCUAA